AUGGCCAUUAUCUUAAUACUAUAUACACUUCAAUACUUCAAUAAUUUAAAAAUUCCUGCAUAUGAUGCGUAUCUUUCCUCUCUUUCCUCUGAUGAUCACUCAAGACGAUAUUGUAAAUUAUGUGGUAAAUACUUCCCUACAACGGUCAUGCUUGCAAAGCACAAAAAAGCUAUUCAUUCCAGUACACGAACUCGACAUUCAGAACAGCGAUCCCAAACUAAUUUAACAACUUUUAAUGAUUUUUCUCUGUUACCCUCAUUGUCUGAAUCUUGGCCACAAGUUGUAAUCAUGCUGUCUCAAUCCUUUUCUGAUAUUGAGUAG